UGAACCUUCAAUUUAAUCCCUCAGCAAAGAGAUAUGAAGCCUCAAAGGUAGGAGUGAUCUCUCAAAAUUUGACGAUGACGUCAUCUUCCUUUCCCGCUUCAAUGAGUCACUAGGUGUUUUGUUUUCUAUGGUCUUGCCCAACAAAUCGAAAAGCAUGUCACAUCUGUAGAUGUCUAUGAUCGCCGGAUUCCAAAACAAAACACACGUGCCCAAUGCUCAUCCUUCCCAUCCUUCCCUCACAAACACUGGACGCGAAAGAAACGCAGCGUUUCACGAUCUCUUGCCUUGACAGUUGUCACCCCUGAUGGCCUCGUCUGACCCGCUCCCAGCUCCUCGGAGGAGCAGGAGCUCCUCGGAGGAGGAGGAGGAGGAGGAGGCGGUGGCGGCCAGCCAGCCGGCCGGCGAUUGGGACUCGGGUCUGGACUUGGGCUUUGUCCAUGCCAGCACACCGGCCUGGAAACUGACCUCGCGCUUUUUUCCCAGUAAGGUGGGCGGUCCACCCGCUUGGCUGAAAUUGGAGGACUUGCCGGACGUGAAGGCCCGUAGUUGUCCCAUGUGCCAGGUGCCCAUGACCUUUUUGGCCCAGAUCUACGCGCCCAUCCACGACAUCCCCACGGCUUUUCAUCGCACUCUCUUCCUCUUGGUGUGUGCCACGCCCACUUGCCACGCCGGUCCCAAAACCGGAGGCCGAGGACCCUGGACCGUGUUCCGAUCCCAAUUGGCCCGCGCCAAUGACUAUUACCCCUUUGAACCGCCCUUGAGCGUGCAAAAUCCGUUGAUCGACAUUUCCGCCGCUAAUUACGGGAAGCUAUGUCGCGUCUGCCACGGCCCGGGUGCCAAAUCGUGUGCGGGCUGUCAGAAAGUGGGCUAUUGUUGUAAAUCCCAUCAAGCGCUGGAUUGGUCCUCGGGCGGGCACAAACAAGAGUGCGGGCAGCCGGAUUUCACUCCCCAGGCCCGUCAUUCCCGCGCCAAAUACGGCUUUCCCGAAAUGGAAAUUGAAAUCGAGGCCGCUGAGGCGGAAGAUUACCCGCCGACGGGCGACUCCUCCGACGAUGAUGACGAGGCUGAAGAAGAGGCCGAAGAAGAGGCCUCCGAGUUAGCAGCUCAGACCCAAAUGAAAGCCCUGGCCUUGAGUGGAAACCCAGCCGUAGCCACUGACCUCACCCAAUUGACCUCGGAUCAAAAGACCGAUCCCGUAUUUGCCCGUUUCAAAGCCACCAUCAGCCAUUCGCCUGAGCAGAUCUUGCGCUACGAACGCCAUGGAUCGCCCUUGUGGAUGGCCUCGGAGGAUCAGUGGCCAUUAGAGCAGGUGCCCGCUUGCGAAUUCUGCGGUCAACCGCGGUCUUUUGAGUUCCAAAUCAUGCCGCAACUCCUGCACCACCUUCGAUUAGACCAAUCCCUGCACCAAGAUAGUCUAGAUUGGGGCGUUUUGGCCGUGUUCACGUGUUCAAAGAGCUGUUCCAAUGACGAUAAUCCCGCCGGUCCUAGUUAUAAGAAAGAGUUUGUCCAUUGUCAAAUGCCGCCACAGCACUGACCUUUUAACCCGUUUGAUCGACCCUUUUGCAGA